GCCGUGAAGGGAACCGCGGUACAUGCUGGUAUUCACUUUUCUCGGGCUUCAAUGUUGCUGUCGGCUUCCCUAUUCCACCUCGCCCCGAAAAAAUGUGUGGGUUAGAGUUGCCAUUAUCCGUGAUGAUUUCCUUCGCUCGAGUCGAAUACCCCAUCGAAUACAAAAGCGGAUAUGUGCUUAAGGGGUGGGAAAACGCAUUGUUUCCGAUCCACACUGAUUCAGAGUCAGAUCUGUCUGGAACUCCGUCUGCUAUACAAUGGCAUCUCUUCACAAGCGAAAAGAACCGGCUGUAUAUGAUAGAAGUUGAAAGGAGGGCGAAAGAUCUACAUCCUAUAGCGACGAAAAUUCCUAGCGACGAAGUUCCUAGCGACGAAGUUCCUUCAGACAAAGUUCCUUCAAACAAAGUUCCUUCAGACGAAGUUCCUUCAGACAGAUUUUGGGAGGCGGUUCAGCAAAUUAAGCGUCACUUCUUAGGCUUGUAUGAAUUCUCCAGGAUACGCAUUGGCACGAACGAAUCCGUCUCGGGCAAUAUCUCGCGUAUCUCAGGUCAUCUACGUGAAACCCGUUUCCGCUCACUCAUACAAUGGAAUAGAAGCAUCAGUGGCUCAAUCGAAAUUCCGAUGUUUGGCAUUGUUUCGAUUGGAUUUUCAACCGGUAUCCGAAUCCGAGAAGCGCAGGAACGUCGGUUCAGAUUUGAUCAAGUUCAAACCGACAGCCAGAUGCUUCACACUGCUAAGAGAGACUCUGUUAUUCUAUACGACUUUAGUGCUAGUACUGCAUGGAUGUUACCUAUGGUUAGCGUCGUGAUGUACUUGGUUCAGAGCCGGAUAAGGGGAAUGCAUCGUAAUGCACGGAUAAACUACCCAGCAUUUGAGGAUAUAAUCCGGAACGACUGGAAUUUUGAGGAGUUUCUCACGCAGGCUACCCCGGACGGCCUCAAACUGAAAGAGACUUUCUUUCAAUUUAUGAAGAUGUUAUAUGCGAUGCAGCACAACGAAAGCUUGAGGCCGACGCAGAGGUACUUGGCAGGUGUAGAUUUCGCCAAACUAGUACACAUGCCUAGGAAUUACUCGAUCAUCAAACGUGACAUUAACACGACACAUAGUGGUAAAUGGCAACAUAUGCUAGAGAGCAACUGGACUGAUCCGACGGUGGACGACCCGUCUAGGACAGUGACUCUAUUCUGCAGUAGUCUCUUAUCGCUCACUUCGCAGCCACUAGUGCCUACCACCAACGAGACAUGCAACGCCUGGUUCCCUCCGCCGGCGGGUCGGGACUAUUUAGUCGCUGCUGUGCAUUGCCAUUGGGAAUGUGAUGUACACUUUCCACACACUCCGUGUGGGGGCCGAGGGUGCGAUAGACUGCAGGAGAUUGUUAAGGGAUAUGGACAACGAAACCAGGUUCUGACUGAGUUGAUAAACACGGCUUCUCCUAGCGCGUCUGUUGUUUUUGGGGAAAGGUUGGUUAUAGACAUGUCAGGACGCUGCGGACUUGUCUCAGUACCAAGUUUGGUGACGCCUCCCGCCAACACGGCAUCAAAUGGAGAAGAGACGGCGGACGGCAUAGUCAACCAUUCAGGCCAGAUAGAUUCAGCACACGAACCACCUGUCCUGGAAAUGGUACCAUCUGACAGUACCUAGCGACAGAUGAAGUCUGGAGAAGUCGAAUUGGCGGUCUCAUUUUGAUUGGCUGAUUUUCAGGUCAACGGCUAGGUGUGGAUGGGUUUGUACUGUAUUAGUUAGGUGAUCACUUGAGGCUUAUUGAUGUCAUAUGGAAGAUGAUACUCACCAUCGAGGAAGGGUGGUUGGGUGGCUUGUUAGGAAUGGCCCCCAAAUAUUAUGCUAAUACAGUUAUGGAAUUGAAUGUAACCCUAGCUGACCUCAACCCUUCUCAGCUCUAAAAUUCGAU